AUGGCGUCAUCAUCCGCUCCUCCCCGGGAGUCGUGGUUUACGCCGGUUAGAUUGCUUGUGGUAUUCUGUGUGAUCAACUUGAUUAACUAUGUGGAUCGCGGAGCCAUAGCAAGUAAUGGUGUGAAUGGAAAUCCAAAAACUUGCACCAAAGGAGGUAAAUGUUCAGGCGGCAGUGGUAUUCAGGGUGAUUUCAAUUUAACUAAUUUUCAGGAUGGUGUUAUAUCAUCAGCUUUCAUGGUUGGAUUCCUCGUGGCAUCUCCAAUAUUUGCUUACUUAGCCAAGAAAUUCAACCCUUUUCGGCUUAUUGGCGUUGGCUUAACUGUCUGGACUAUUGCUAUAACUGGUUGUGGUUUUGCAAUUGAUUUCUGGUCGCUUGCCAUCUGCCGCAUGCUAGUUGGAGUUGGUGAGGCUUCUUUUGUGAGUCUCGCGGCACCUUACAUUGACGACAAUGCCCCGUCUAGGAAGAAAACAGCUUGGUUAGGUGUAUUCUACAUGUGUAUACCCUGUGGCGUCGCACUUGGUUAUGUCUAUGGCGGAUUGGUUGCCAACCAUCUCAGUUGGCGGUAUGCAUUUUGGAUUGAAGCCGGUAUGAUGGUUCCUUUUGCUAUAUUAGGGUUUGUGAUGACUCCUUUGCAACUUAAGGGUUUUGUCCAAACUGAAUCAACGCCAGCAGCAUCAGAGGGUCAAAGGGAAAACUUUUUGAGAGAUGUGAAAAACAUUUUGGUUGACAAGGUUUAUGUUGUGAAUGUUAUAGGUUAUACAGUGUAUAAUUUUGUCAUAGGUGCAUACUCCUAUUGGGGACCAAAGGCUGGUUAUAACAUAUACCAUAUGAAAAAUGCAGAUAUCAUCUUUGGUGGUGUGACAUGUAUAUGUGGUGUGUUUGGAACUUUAGCAGGAGGUUUUGUUCUAGACCGGCUGUCUUCCACGAUUCGCAACUCUUUCAAGCUUCUUUCUGUUGCGACCUUGUGUGGGGGAAUGUUUUGUUUUGCUGCUUUUUGCUUCAAGAGCUUAUAUGCUUUCAUUGCUCUUUUUGCAAUAGGAGAACUUCUCCUUUUUGCCACUCAGGGUCCUGUGAAUUUUGUGUGCCUUCAUUGCGUGAACCCUAGUUUGAGGCCACUGUCAAUGGCAUUGUCUACUGUAUCCAUUCAUGUCUUUGGGGAUGUGCCUUCCUCACCGCUUGUUGGAGUUCUUCAGGAUCACAUUAAAAACUGGAGAGCAACCGCGCUGAUUCUAACAUCGAUUUUGUUUCUCGCGGCCUUGGUAUGGUGUUUUGGUAUCUUCCUCCACAGUGUUGAUAGAUUUAAUGAAGGAAUCGAACCUGAGAUUGCACCAAGUGAUAGGUCAAACACGGCACCUUCACUCGAGGAUAAGCCGAUUGAAACAAACAAUCAAAGCUUGUGCUAA